AUGAACUCUCGGCGAUCUGCCUUACGUAAGUUUAAUCAGGCACAUUGGGUGAAAAGACCGUUCCAUCCAUUUAUCAAAUGCCGCAAGUUGAGAGUAUUUAUGUGUUUUGCUCGAACAAAACAUAGCAUGAAACAUGGGCGAAAAAAUAAAGAUGCUGCUGCAUCUUCAAAGAGCAAGCUACUUAUGAGUACCAUGCCACCCACAUUGGAUAAGCAAGAAGCAUCGUUCAUGUACUUUCAACUAUUUAUUGACAUUCUACUUCGAAUGGACAAUAGUUAUAGUAAUGCACUACAGGAACUGGCAGAAAAUGUGCGAAAACAGUGUGAGGGCAGCACCGUGAAAUUGGACAAUAUCAAAGAGUUUGAAGAGAACUAUUCUGCUGAGAAGGCUAUUUGGUGGUACACUCAAAAUCAUGAAUUACUCCGUUCUGUUGAUAAAAAUUUCGAAGCAGAAGAAAAACGAAUUCAAGAUAAUGGACUUAAAUUUCAAUCUAAAAAUGAAACUUAUAAUGUUCAAAUUAAAAUUGAGAAUAUUAUGAAAGGUUUAAAGGUACGCAUGACCGAACCGGGUUUAGGUGGCGGGCAGUGCCUUAUGUACAGAACAAAGUGA